AUGGCGACUCCAGCCCGCACCCAGCCACCAUGGAAACAGCCACAGGGCUCCAGCCCUGCCAAACUCAAAGUGUGGAACUCGUUGACCAGAUCAAAGAACGACUUUGUUCCUAUUGACCCGGAAGGCAAAGAGGUCAAGUGGUAUAGCUGCGGGCCGACAGUCUACGAUGAUGCUCAUCUGGGCCAUGCUCGCAACUAUGUCACAAACGACAUUCUCCGCAGAAUAUUGGCCCAUUACUACGGAUACAAUGUCAAGUUUGUUCAGAAUAUUACAGAUGUCGAUGACAAGAUCAUUCUGCGUGGCCGUCAACAGCACCUUCUCGCCAAGUUCAAAGCAGACAACCCAACCGUCACAGAAGAGGUCAUCAACACCACCAUAAAGGCCUUUGAUGCAUACGUCAAGAAGAAUCUCCCCCUUCUCAGCGAAGACGUGACCAUUGGCAACUUCAACGAGGAGUCCGCUCAAAAGUACGCCAAUGUCAUCCAAGGCAAGUCGGUCGAUGGCGUUGGUCCUGCUGGUGACAAGGAAGCCAAGAUCAAGAUGCACCUUCGAACAGCUGGCACUGCAGUUACUUCAUUGCUAGCCCCGUCAAAGUCGACACCUGAAGACAUCGAACUGUUCUAUGCUGGCGCUGAAGAUGUCUUGCUACCCUAUUUGGACUCCCUAUACGGCUCUUCCAUUGAUGCCAGUGACCACACUGUUUUCACAACACUCACCAAAAAGUACGAGGCUCGGUUCAACGAGGAUAUGGAAGCUCUCAAUGUGCUAGACCCAGAUGUAGUCACGCGAGUAACCGAGUACGGAGACCAGAUUGUUUCUUUUGUAGACAAGAUCAUCAAGAACGGUAUGGCUUACAGCACUUCUGAUGGAUCCGUCUACUUUGAUAUCGAGGCUUUUGAGAAGAGAGAGGGCAACCACUACGCACGUCUGGAGCCAUGGAACAGGGGUGACACCAAUCUACAAGCUGAUGGCGAAGGCGCCCUGUCAUCAGUCAAGACGUCGGAAAAGCGAAAUGAAUCAGAUUUUGCUCUCUGGAAGUCAAGUAAACCUGGUGAGCCGGCGUGGCCAAGCCCCUGGGGGCCCGGUCGACCAGGAUGGCACAUCGAGUGCUCAGUCAUGGCCUCAGCAGUCCUAGGCGAACAGAUGGACAUUCAUAGUGGCGGUAUUGACCUUUGCUUCCCACAUCACGACAACGAGCUGGCCCAAUCGGAAGCGUACUGGUCACAGGAUGGGCGCCCAACCCAAUGGGUGAACUAUUUCCUUCACAUGGGUCACUUGUCAAUAUCCGGCUCUAAAAUGUCGAAAUCCCUUAAGAACUUUACCACAAUUCGCGAAGCUUUGAGUCGUGGCGACUGGAAUGCGCGCAGUCUGCGCAUCAUCUUCUUGCUUGGAGGCUGGCAUGAUGGUGUCGAAAUCACUCCGGACAUGCGCAAGUCUGGUUCGUCGUGGGAGAGUUACGUCACCAACUUUUUCUACAAAGUCCGUGAUUUGGAAGUGAAUCCCAACAUCGGUUCGACAGGCGCAGAAGAUGACAAGAUUCUCAAGUCGUUCGAAUCUGCCAAACAAAAGGUUCACAGCGCGCUGGCCGACUCCUUCGAUACCCCUACGGCCAUGCGCGCAAUUUCGGGUCUCAUUACAGAAUACAACUCUGCAGACAAGGCUGGCCUCAGCGACUCUGUAUCGUUUGAUGUCGCCCGCUACAUCACUCGCAUUGUCCGCAUAUUUGGACUGGACGGUUCAGCAGACCCAUACGACGGCGGCAUCGGCUGGGCAGGUAUCGACAUUCCCUCGGCGGCCAAAGAGCACGUGUACGCCGUGUCACGGGAACGCGACGAAGUACGCCAACACGCCAUCGCUGGCGACCUCUCGGAUGAGGUCUUGCAAUCCAUCAUUGCGCAACAUAACCCCACGCAGAAGCAGGAUAUCGAAGCACUUCCGUAUGCAGAGGUCCUAUCCACUUUCCAAGAGAAUCUGCAAAACCUAGCCAAGAAGAAGGCUCCGGCAAAAGAUUACCUAGACCUUUGCGACCAGUUGCGCGACACUCAUCUCUGGGAUCUCGGCAUUUACCUGGAAGAUCGCGAGAACGCGCCUGCAAUGGUGCGUCCUGUUGAUGCCGAACUGCAAGCCGCGCGCUCUCAAAAAGAGGAAAUCGCCCGGCAGAAAGCGGAAGCGAAGCUGAAGCGCGAGCGCGAAGAGGCCGAGAAGAAGGCCAAGCUUGCCGAACAAGCCAAGAUCAACCCCAAGGAUAUGUUCAGAACUGAGGAAUACAGUGCGUGGGAUGAUGAGGGCUUGCCGACAAAGGACAAGGAUGGCGCUGAUGUACCCAAGGCGCGCUUGAAGAAGAUGAAGAAGGAAUGGGAAAAGCAGAAAAAACUGUUUGAAGAGCACGCCACCAAGGCUUGA